UCCUGUACGUCGUGCUGGAUAAGAGCGUCUGCUAAAUGCUAAAUGACUAAAUGUAAAUGUAGUCUGUCUCUCAGGCGAUGUGGACUGAACCGAUGCAAGCGUUGUUAAACUGUAUGUCUCAGCUCUGACACUCAUGCUGCUUGGGUGAGAUUCAUGCGUAACCCAGCCACUGUAGUUUCACCAACACAGACGCAAGAAGGUUUGCGUUGGUGAACGACUCCACCAGGGUUCGGACUGUGGAAGCUGUAGCCUGUGUGACACAGGAAUGACUAGUCAGAUAAUGAUGACUGUCUCUGCUUCCGGACAGGAAGGGAUCGGGGAUGUGUCCGAAAGCUUUUACAGCAUUCUGUAGCCUCCUUCUCCUGUCUCAGCGAUGUAGCCUAGGCAACAUGGUCUUGGUCGGCAAUGGGAACACGUUCCUUUUUUUUGCUCAGAAGUUCUCGCAAAGAAAAAAACGACUGCAAGCGGAACUCAUAAGAUGAGACGAUAGGGCCUUCGGUGGAGGAACCCCGAGUUCCUCUGAGAACCGUCCGUAGCGCUAUGCUGUGGUUUUGGUGUGAUGUGCUGAAGAAAUAAUUCUCAAAAAAUCACACCGUUGAGUAACGACCUACUUCCCCAUUCCUGGAUGUGAGAGAGAUAGCCCACGCUGUGAAGACUCGGAAGGACAAAGCCCUGGCCGGUGAGCAGCCAUGUUGCUGUGUCGCCUCCUCCUCAUCCUCCCUCCCUGGGUCUCCUUGGCUCCGUCCCCUGUAAAAGCGGCGGCCAGCCCCCAGUUCUCAGACACUCCCUUCACCGUGGUGUGGAACAUGCCCACCGCCAGGUGCCACAGCCGUCACGGCGUCCACUUACCCCUCCCCUCCCUGGGCAUCCUGGCCAACCGGCAGCAAAGCUUCCAGGGCCAGACCGUCAGCCUGUUCUACAAAAACCGCCUGGGCCUCUACCCCUACCUCAGCCGGGAAGGGCGCAGGGUCCACGGGGGAGUCCCCCAGAGGGCUGACCUGAGGGCCCACCUGUCCCGGGCCAGGGCCCAGCUCUCCUCUCUGCUCCGGCCUGGGUUCAGGGGCCUGGCUGUGCUCGACUGGGAGGCGUGGCGCCCCCUGUGGGCCAGGGACUUUGGCUCCAAGACGGCCUACCGACAGCUGUCCAAGGAGCUCGUGAGGAGGAGCCAUCCAGAGCUGUCGCAGCAGGAAGUGACAUCGCUGGCCAGGAAGGAGUUUGAGAGGGGUGCCAGGAAGCUCAUGAGGGAGACUCUGCGGCUGGGGGUGAGUCUGCAACCGGGGGGGCUCUGGGGGUACUACGGCUUCCCUUCCUGCUUCAACGACCCCCCCACGACUGCACCACAACCAAGGCUAGGGGGCAACCAUACCCACGUCUACACCGGCCACUGCCACCCCAGAACCAGGCGCAUGAACGACCAGCUGGCGUGGCUGUGGGCCCAGUCCACGGCCCUCUACCCCAGCAUCUACCUGCCCCGCCGGGUGGCAGGCUCCUCGGACGCUGCCCUCAUGGUCCGUCACCGCCUGCUGGAGGCCUCCAGGCUGGCGUCUCAGCACGGCACUGCCACCCCGCCUCCCCCGGUGCUGCCCUACGCUCGACUGGCUUUUGUGCACACGCUCACCUUCCUUAAUCAGACAGACUUGGAGCACACCCUUGGAGAGAGUGCUGCUUUGGGUGCAGCAGGGGUGGUCCUAUGGGGAGAGAUCAAGUUUGCCCGUUCAAAGCGUCAGUGUGAGCUCCUGAGGGACUACCUGGGCUCUGUCCUCGGACGCUACAUCCAGACCCUGAGGAACGAUGUCAUACUCUGCAGUCACAGGCGCUGCCACGGCAACGGCCGCUGUGCCCGCCGCGACCCUCUCUCCGAUCACAUGAUCCCAUCUACAACCUCAGAUCCCACCCUGACCCCAGACCUCUCCCACAACCUGAGUGACCUCUAUGACCACUUCCUGUGCCAGUGUUACCAGGGCUGGACAGGUGACACAUGCCAGAUGAAGACAGGGUCAAACACCAGCUAAUGCCAAUGUCUCAACUGAUGAAACACAGUGUGAUGACAUCUAGACAGUAAGCAAUACUGUCAUUAAAGCUCCUCAACUACCUGAAGCUAUUGUUUUAUUCAGUGUACAUGUACCCUAUUUUGUGUUAGGAUGACUCAGGCCCCCCAAAAAAGUGGAAUUCAUAAAUCUUUAAAUUGGAAGCGUUGUCAUCAACAGAAAAUCUGUAUUUUCCUCACAUGCUUACAUAACAAAGUGUGUUGACAUAUUCACUACAGAAAUACGCUUUUUUCCAACUGAAACGUUCAC